UAUGCGCAAAUGUAUAUAUUGGUAUGUGUGUAUACCUCUCACAGUUAAAUCGUUGCAUAUCAUACAUUUCUGUCACUACACACGAAGCUUAAUAUAAUUCUCUCAUCGUAACAAAUAAUCAAGCACAUAUUAGGUAAAACGACCUCAAUAUGAAACCAACUCUUGUAGCUGAUGAAAUGUUUCCCGAAGGAGCUGGACCUUACGUUGAAUUAGAAGAGGUUGGAGGUAGUAGGUUACUAGUGGAUCUUACAGCUAGUGAGAAAGCUGUUCAUUCAGAAUUUUUCAAUGAGUUUGAUGAUCUUUACGAUGACGAUGACUUGGAGUAAAAGCAGCGUUCCUAAAAAGUUCAACUACACAGUGCUUUUUGUACAGAUUGCAAUUAAAGCAUUGAAGCAGAAAAUUUCUCGUAGAUCCAUGCAAAUCAUGGGUACAGAAUCAAUGGAUAUCGUAUGUCACAUCAGUUGCGUUCAACAGAAAAUAGCAUUUUAUAUAUUUUAUAAUAUUUAGCAUUGAUAAAAUAAUCUGUGAAUGAUCUUUUUUUCUCCAUGCUUGCGCUCAUGCUGUAUAGCUUACUAUUUUUUUGUUCAGCGUAACGCUGUAUCAUCAAUGCCACUGUACUAUUAUUACUUUUGAUACUUCACAAAUAUCAAAAAUAAUGUAACUAUCAAUUAUUCAUAACAUUGAUAGAGCACAUCUUCAAUAUGCUGAAAGAAAAAUGUGAGUUAAAAAAAAAUUAUGCAAUAGUUUCAAAGUUAUUUCUGUUGAACGUAACUAUUACAGGUAUCAUAUGUUUAUACAUAUAAUAGAUAUGAAAAAUGUUUCAUUUUUUAAGUUUGCUGUAAAAAAAUUACUGCAAACUCUUACAUAUAGUAUAGUUAUUCAAUACACAUCCUUUCCUUUCAAAAGACUAACCACAAACUACAAACUUCAUGUUAUAACAUUAUUACAAUUUAUUUGUAUUUUUAAUUCGAGUCAAAUGUGCGCCUGCAUCUAUCAUACGUCAUUUUACUGCUUACCACAGACAAUUGUUAUUAUAAACGUGCCAUAAGAAAAUGAGAGUACUGGUCAAUAUAUCUCAUACACAUAAUAAUAUUUUAUGAUACUGUAAGAUUAUAAUUUAUAAUACAUAGACGCUAGAGUCAUAUAAACUUGUAUGAUGAUGCACAACUAAAAUAUAGCACCCCAUUCAGUCA